AACGUCAGUGUGUUCCUGACGGGACCCGCUGAUUAAGCCACCUUUUCUCUGUGAUUCUCUACUGGCUGCGAGCUGCAUUGCAAGCGUCCCUGGAGACCAUCAGCGCGCACAAUGGAGGCAGUGACCCUGGAGGAUGUGCUUGUGAAGUUCACCAAGCAGGAGUGGGCUGUGCUGAAUCCGUCUCAGAAGGAGCUCUACCAAGAUGUAAUGUGGGAGACAUUUAUGCAUAUGACUGCUGUAGGAAUGACCUGGGACAACCAGCAAAUAGAAGAAUACAAAAACUGCUUAAGAAAUCUAAGAAAUGAAAAAGUAACAUUUGAUCAAAAUAAAGUUUGGAGUCAACAUGAAAAAGUAUUGCUUUGGGCAUCAUAUGAGAAUGUAGAGAUUGAACAGGCUGCUCCAAAGCCAGCUGGAAGCCUUCUUUAUAGAAAGCCCCCAGCUGGGCAUUUAUCCAUAAAUGGAUGUGCCUUACCUCACACUGGACUGAAGCACUGUGAGUAUAUGGGGUUUGAUGAGAAAAUAACUAAUUCUGAUGAACAUGGAAAAUCCUGCAGUGAUUUCCAGUCCUUUCAGAAGCAUGUGAGGAGAAAGACUGGAGAGAAUCUCUAUCAUUAUGAGCAAAGUGGGAAAACCUACUAUGAUCUUAGGGAAAGAACUCAGCCUGGAAUGGAGACCUUUGUAUGCAAGCAAAAAGGAAAAGGCUCCAGCACUCCCAGUGGUAUCAAAAUCCAUGAAAGAAUUCAUACUAGUAAGAAAGAAUAUGUAUGUGAUAAAUGUGGAAAAGCAUUCACUACACUGGGUUAUUAUAAAAUACACAAAAGAAUUCACACUGGGGAGAAACGCUAUCCAUGUAAGCAAUGUGGGAAAACAUUCAGUACUCUGAAGUAUUGUAAAGUACAUGAAAGAAGUCACAGUGGUGAGAAACUACAUGUAUGUGAGAAGUGUGGAAAAGCAUUCACUACACUGAGUUAUUAUAAAAUACACAAAAGAAUUCACACUGGGGAGAAAUGCUAUCCAUGUAAGCAAUGUGGGAAAACAUUCAGUACUCUGAAGUAUUGUAAAGUACAUGAAAGAAGUCACAGUGGUGAGAAACUACAUGUGUGUGAGAAGUGUGGAAAAGCAUUCACUACACUGAGUUAUUAUAAAGUACACAAAAGAAUUCACACUGGGGAGAAACACUAUCCAUGUAAGCAAUGUGGGAAAACAUUCAGUACUCUGAAGUAUUGUAAAGUACAUGAAAGAAGUCACAGUGGUGAGAGACUACAUGUAUGUGAGAAGUGUGGAAAAGCAUUCAUUACACGGACUUGUUAUAAAAUACAUGAAAGAGUGCACACUGGCGAGAAACCGUAUGCAUGUAAGCAAUGUGGGAAAGCAUUCACUACCAUGAGUGCUUGUAAAUUACAUGAAAGAAUUCACACUGGGGACAAGCCCUAUGCUUGUAAGCAAUGUGGGAAAGCGUUCACUACUUGGGGUUAUUAUAAAUUACACGAAAGAAGUCACACUGGUGAGAAGCAACAUAUAUGUGAGAAAUGUGGAAAAGCUUUCCCUACACUGUCUUAUUAUAAAAGACAUGAAAGAAGUCAUACUGGGGAGAAACCCUAUGCAUGUAAGCAGUGUGGAAAAACUUUCAGUACUCAGAGUUAUUUUAAAAUACAUGAAAGAAUUCACACUGGUGAGAAACUGUAUGCAUGCAAGCAGUGUGGGAAAGCAUUCAAUACUCUGAGUUAUUAUAAAAUACAUGAAAGAAUUCACACUGGGGAGAAACCCUAUUCUUGUAAGCAAUGUGGGAAAGCAUUUAGUACUAUGGGUUAUUGUAAAAUACAUGAAAGAAUUCACACUGGUGAGAAACCAUAUGUAUGUGAGAAAUGUGGAAAAGCAUUCUCUACACUGGGUUACUGUAAAGAACAUAAAAGGAAAUCACACUGGCAAGAAUCCAUGUGUAUGUGAGAAAGUAGAACAGCAUUCACUACACUGCGUUCUUGUAAGGUGAAUCAACGAAGCUACUCUGAUGAGAAUCUGUAUGCAUGUAAACAGUGUUUGAAUGCAUUCAGCCAACAGAGUAAAUUUAAAGUGUGUCAAAGAGUUCACAGUUGGGAGAUAGAACAUGUGUGUAAGCAAUGUGGAAAAGCAUUCAUCCAACACUGUUCCUGUCUCAUUGAUGAAAGAUCUCAUACUGGGGAGAAACCAUACUCUGUGCAGGCAGUGUGGCAGGGGAUUGAGCUCACACUGGAGCGAAACCUUUCGUGUGAAUUUUUGAAUGACUUACUAUACACAAAUAUUGUAAAAGACUUGAGCUCACACAGGUGAGUAACUAUAUGAUUAAGAUGCUCGAAAAAUUUUGAUAGUGUGUCCUGAUGUGCCUAGAUCUUUCACUGACUUA